AUCUUGUACUCACUCUACGCAUCACAUUCCUUCAACUCUUGCCUGUUUGGCUGUUCCUUUCACUGCACCUUUUUUAUCAUCGUCGAUGACUCUUUCGUUAUUUCCAAACAAGGGCUCUGAGCCUCUGAUCCUCAAAUGGGCUUUCUUUAAAUACAAAAACGAUUUUAUUUUAUUUUUUAUCAGUCUUUGAAUACAAAAACGAUAUCAGGGUUUGAAUCGUUUGAUUGGAAAGCAAAAAACAGAAGGAUUCAGAGACAAUGGCAAUGCCAUGGGCCAUGACCCUUUGGAUGGCAAAGAUGGUGUGGCUGGCUCUGACUGGUUGGGUCUCUUCUUGCUUGAUCGUUGCUGAUGAGGUCGCCAGCUCUCUCAGAACCGGCGAUAUUGGUCCUUUCCAUGUUGGCUGAUUGGAUUGUCGAAUUCGACACUAUCUGGAGGAGCAGAGCCCAAACGCUACCAAGAAAAGCAUGUUGGGGGGAUUGAAUAUCCGAGGCUUGGGGAUGUAAAACUGCCUCUGAUUUUCUAUGUAACUCUGAAUUUUCGGCUUGUAAUUGGUGCCGUAAUGUUUGCAGCACCAACUUUGUAUAGUAACUAUAGGUGCUCGGUGUUUUGAUGCCAAUUUCUUGGUUACGUAAGGUUUCUUUUAUGUGAGAGUGUUUUCAUGAAGAGGCUCGUCAUCAUGGUUAUGGGGAUGUUUUGUAAGCUAGAAGAACCAGAAGAAGAAAAUAAGCUUCGAACAUAAAAGCAAUGGGAUGCCAAAGAAAUAUCAAGUCUUUUCGUA